ACCUCAGCUACGAGCGCUACAAGGGGAAGACGAGGGCCGCGUUAGGACCCGAGGAGGAGAUGUCUGACCUCGAGAUAUACAACAAGAUGCGGCUUAAGAAGCCCGAUCUCUCGCAGCCUCAGCCCUCGCUCCCUGAGUACUUCGGCACCUACGCCGAGGACGUCGAGAACUACUGCGAGAUGGUGAGGCAUUGUCACCCGGAGGUGGAUGACCCCAUGAGCGCGGAGGUCGACGAGGAGUCGUUGGUCCUGUCGUCCGGAGGGUUGCCGCAUGGCCGUCUCGCCAUGCUGAACAAGGCCGUCAAGCAUACCCUCACCACGACCUUCACGCGUCUCAAGGCGGGACUCACCAAGGACAUUUGA